CCUGUUGACGUCAUCUCGUGUGGUGCAGUGAUCAGCGAUGGCGGUGGACAGUCUGGAACCCCCGUGUUGUGAGAGCCCUGUCGCCCCGUAUGAGGACGAUGAUCGGAGUUCCGAGAGGUCCAGCAGCCCGGGGAGGGGCGGGGACAGCACGGCCAGUACAAUCAGCAGCGCCCCGACCAUCGGGGUCAUCUCACGUAACGGGACCACCAGAUGCGAGGAGGCCGAACCGCUCAGCCGCAUGGAUUCCGAGGACAGUAUAAGCAGCACCCUGAUGGAUGUGGACAGCACAAUCUCAAGUGGACGUUCCACCCCGUCCAUGAUAACUAGUCUAGGAUCAUCCAACUCGUCCAGCAAAAUCAUUUCCUACAACUGCUGCUGGGACCAUUGCCAGACCUGCUUCUCCUCCAGCCCGGACCUCGCCGAGCACAUCCGCUCUCUUCACGUGGACGGCCAGCGCGGAGGGGUGUUUGUCUGCUUCUGGAAGGGGUGUAAGGUGUACAACACGCCCUCCACUAGUCAGAGCUGGUUGCAGCGACACAUGUUAACGCACAGUGGAGAUAAACCCUUCAAGUGCGUCGUCGGAGGAUGUAAUGCCAGCUUUGCGUCACAAGGAGGUCUCGCCCGCCACGUGCCCACUCAUUUCAGUCAGCAGAACUCUUCAAAAAUGUCCAGCCACAAGUCCAAAGAGGAUUCGCCUUCCAAAGCUGCAUUGAAUAAGCGUCGUAAACAGAAGAAUAGACAGAAACGCAUACUACCCAGGCCACACGACUUCUUCGAUGCUCAGACACUGGACGCCAUUCGCCAUCGUGCCAUCUGCUUUAACCUAUCGGCCCAGAUCGAAUCCUUAGGGAAAGGGAACAGCGCGGUCUUUCAUAGCACGGUGAUUGCAAAGAGGAAAGAAGAUUCCGGGAAGGUGAAGUUGUUGCUGCACUGGACUCCAGAAGACAUCCUCCCGGACGUCUGGGUGAAUGAAACGGAACGGCACCAGUUGAAGACCAAGCUUGUCCAUUUAUCCAAACUCCCGAGAGACACGGCCGUGCUCCUGGACCCCAACAUCUACAGAAAUCCCAGUAACAGGAUUGCACACAAUGGAUCGCUGAAUGAUCACUGCUCCUAGGAUCCCUUCCUGAGCCGUGCCAGAGACGCGUCUUAAGAGAAGAUAACAGCAGAUGGCGCCAGAGGAGCGGCACAGUCUUCACCACUGACAAACAUUUCGAUAGAAAAAUGGCACAUUUUCUUGAUCCUCGUCCCGCCAGUCUUUGAUUGCAGUGUACACUUAUUGUAACAUUCGUGUCGUGGGGUAUAAAUGUCGGCUUAUCUCUCCUCCCCCGAUUCGCUGCGUCAG